AUGGCAGAUGAACUUGGGAUUGUCUUAGAAACUGUGAAUGAUGAAUAUUCAUCCUUCCUUUUCUAUGACAAUGAGGAACGAAGGGAACAAUGGAAGAACAAGGAAGUUGAUUUUGUAGUGUAUCAUUUGCCAUGGAUGAAGCUGAAAUUUCAGUGUGUCUUGAGAGUUUCAAGAACUAUUAAAUCUGGAUCUUUGUCGAAGUUUGAGUUCUCUCUUUUGCCAACAAGAUUCGAAAUGCUAGAUCCUGUUACUCCUCCGAGUCCAUCGUCUUUGAGCUCUGCUCCACCUCCUGAUUCUACAAAUACAAUGCCACCCUUAUCAAACUCUGAAUCCUUGCCACCUCCUCUACCUUCACCAGCACUAUAUUCAAAUGGAUCUAGUUUACCUCUAGCUAACCAUUCUCAGCCUUCUCCUCCUACUCCUGUCGAACAGUCACCUUCUUUUCCGCCUCCUCAACAAAGUGUCCCCUCUCCUUUGUCGAAAUCCAAUUCUCAUACUCCAGCUUCUCCAUCUUCAUUAACACCGCCAACUUCACCCGUUUCAAAUGGACUACUCUCUCCACCACCUCCGCCUUUGCCUUCUCCUCCUCCUGUUGUCAAUAAUAAUUCACCAUCUACACCAUCCAACUCUUAUUCAUUUUAUGAACCUUCUUCUCUUUCACCUCCUCCUCCCUCUCCCUCUCCCCCUCCUCUUGUUGCCAUUCUUUCCCCACCCAAUGUGACACCGCCACCACCGCCGCUUCCUCCAAGUGAAUUUCCAACAUCUCCAUCCUCUGAGUAUUCACCAUUCUUGGUACCGGUACAACCUGGUUCACCGACAAUUCCAGUAGCUCCAGCAUCUUCUUCAACUAGUAAUAACUCGAACCCAUUGACAUCUACUAACUCAACCCAAACCAUGCCAUCAAAGCCAUCACCAGCAUCCAUAUCAAAUGGCCAACAAUUGAAUGGUAUCCAAAGUGUAAAUCCUCCUAAAGAGUCCAGUUCCUCUUCUGUGAGGCCAACACCAACAAGAGUUUCAUCAGAAGCUGGCCUCUAUGUUGGGACUCAAGUCAUUAUUGGUUUAAGUGUUUCAGCACUGGUCAUUAUCCUAUUGUUAGUUGGUGUCUUUGUGGCCAUCAAGAAAAGGAAGAGUAGGACUCAUGCUAUAAGCAACCAGUAUAGACCACCUGAUGGCUUUUACAAUAUUCAUGGAAACAAAGACCAACUUGUGGUUUGCCGGGAUCCAUAUUUCAUACCACCAUUAACUUGUCCUGGUGCUCCUGGCUAUUUGAAUGAGGAUUAUCAUGGUCAUGCUUAUGUUGCUGCAUUGACAAACCCUGCUGUUUCAAAGACUUGGUUCACCUUUGAAGAGAUGUUGGAAAUAACAAAUAGUUUUUCUCCGGACAAUCUCAUUGGUGAGGGUGGCUUUGGAUGUGUAUACAAGGGUUGGCUAUCAGAUGGGAGAUGUGUUGCUGUCAAACAACUUAAAACAGGGAGUGGGCAAGGGGAGAGGGAAUUUAGAGCAGAAGUUGAGAUCAUUAGUCGAGUUCACCACCUUCAUUUGGUCUCUUUGGUGGGAUACUGUAUAGCUGAGUAUCAUCGAUUACUUGUCUAUGAAUAUGUUCCAAAUAACACACUUGAGCAUCAUUUACAUGGGAAGGGAUUGCCCGUCGUGGAUUGGUUAAAAAGGGUGAGGAUUGCUAUUGGUUCUGCUCGUGGAUUGGCGUAUUUGCAUGAAGAUUGUCAUCCUCGAAUCAUUCAUAGAGACAUUAAAUCAGCUAAUAUUUUGUUGGAUGAAGCCUUUGAAGCACAGGUUGCAGAUUUUGGGCUUGCUAGACUUUCAAAUGAUACAGCCUCUCAUGUAUCGACUCGUGUAGUAGGCACAUUCGGGUAUAUGGCACCAGAAUAUGCGUUAAGCGGGAAAUUGACUGAUCGAUCCGAUGUGUAUUCAUUUGGAGUUGUGCUUCUAGAGCUUAUAACAGGCCGAAAACCUGUAGAUUCAUCUCAGCCUUUGGGAGAAGAGAGUUUAGUUGAAUGGGCAAGACCGCAGUUAAUCAAUGCACUUGAAACAGGAAAUUGUGAACAAUUAGUUGAUCCAAGGCUUGAAGGCAAUUUUAGUAAAAAUGAGAUGUUUAAUAUGAUUGAAGUGGCAGCUGCCUGCGUUCGCCAUUCAGCUCCUAAACGUCCUCGCAUGGCCCAGGUGGUGAGAGCAAUGGACAAUGAUGGACAGAUGUUUGAUCUAACAAAUGGAGCGAAGUUCGGACAGAGCACGGUGUAUAAUUCCGAGCAGUAUUCAGUAGAUAUUCAACAAUUCCGCUUAAUGGCUUUUGGAAGUGGCAAGUGUAGCUCUCAAAAUGGCUCAUCAAGAGAUCAUGAAAAUUGGAGCUCUGACCACAGUGAUGAUUCUAGGGACUCAAGCAAGCCACUGAAUCUUCAGAAUUCUGCAUAA